AUGCCGGCCCCGUACUCGGAUAACCUUUACUCGGGCGAUGACAAUCCCUGGGAGGACGACCAGAACGAUGCGCUGUCGCCCGCUGACGGCUACUUCCACGCGUCGUCGUCCGGUCUAGAAGAGGCCGCAACGUCAUCGCCGUCCCCUCCCGUUCGGCAGCAGCGCCAAUCAGCAAACGUGCCUUUUGUGCCCAAUGUCAUGGUGGAGGACCCGACGCUGAACGAGGAUCGAGCUGCUGCAAAGGCGAGGGAGGCUGAGGAGGAGAGGCUGAUAAAUAGUGCCUCUGUUGCUGCUGGCCGGUCGACGCCUCUGACUGAAAGCCAGCCUCAUCGCCAGACCGUGCCGUUUGCUCAGGGCCAAGCUGGCUUCUACAGCCCUUCCCAUCCUUCUCAAUCUUCCCCAGUUGCUGCGUACCCUCGGCUUGAGACCCAUUAUCAGUCGGCGCCGGCUUCAGCAUCGUCGUCAUCCCCCUCCUCUUCUGGCCAUCAUCACAGACGUAGCAUUGACGAGGAGAUAUCGUCCUUUCAGCCUACAAGUGCUGCAAGCCAGACACCUAGACAGUAUACGGUUCGUCGGCCAUCUGACGCACCUCCCGCAUACUCCCCUUCUGCUUCCUCGCCGCCGUCCUCUGGUUAUCAGACCUUUGCGCCACCACAAGCCGCUGUCGAAGCCAUGGGUGUGCCUGAGGAGAGCCGGACCUUGCUCCCACGUCAGCCCGAGUCUAUGGGCGGAGCAGCAAACGGGGAUCGAGAGCCAUUGUGGCGAAGGAUCAGGAACUCAACCAGCUCUUCUACUACGAGAAAGAAGAUUCGGACCAUCCUUGGUGUUCUCGUCAUCAUUUCUAUUAUGGUUGCUCUCUUUGGUAGCAGCAUCAGCAUUAGUAGCCCCAAGAAACCUGGCAUCAUUGACGAGUCGCCUGUAAAGGCCCCUCCGACCAACAACCCUCCCCCAAUGUCGUGGCCCCCUAGGAACAGCAAGAACUGCUUGGGUGAGCCGCACAAGUCGUCCAAAGUAAACGAGGUCAUCAGCUUUGGCAACAACAAGAAGCUCAGCAUUGUUCAGACGCUUGAGAAAGACAAUGGAAACCAUCGAGGAGUCACACCGAAUGUAUAUGGCGAAGUCAUCCUGCAGCCUGUCGACGCCUCUUCUUCUGGCGACAUUCAGCUUGAAAUCACGACCAACUACCAGGCCCUUCACGUCAAUGUUGAGUUCAACAAGCGGGACCAACGGUUCGAAGUCGUUAUUCCCCGCUGGGUCACCUGGAGUAGUCCCAGCUCCUGGCAGCCGUGUAUCCAAGUCCGAAUUACAGUGUCCAUUCCCCGUGAGGCAGCGCUCGAAUCGAUCCUCGUUGAUGCCAUUCACCUGGAUGUCGCUGUCAGAGAUGGUCUUAUCCUGAGCUCUGCCACUGACGCCCAGAUCAAAACCGUCGCAGGAGAUGUUACUACGGGUCGUGUGUCGGGAAGUGUGGCGCCCUACACCCUCGCCUCGCGAAGCAUCGUCGUUGAGACUGUUAGUGGCGAUGUCACAGGCUGGUUUCCUCUAUACGACCUUCUCAAGGUUCACACGGUUUCCGGCGAUAUCAACACUGAUAUCGCCCCGAAGCCCUCGUCUGACAAGAAGCCUGAACAGGCUGUGCUCAACAUCGACUCUGUUUCCGGAAACAUCAAGGUGAUUGAACCCCUGGGUUAUGACAGUGAUAAAAAACGCGAGGAAAGGUUCCCACCGCGAGAUUACGCCGUCAGCGUGUCGUCCGCCUCUGGUGAGAUCAAAGCCGACUUGGCUUUUACGUCAACGGCCAAGAUCGAGACGGUAUCUGGCGACCAAAAGGUGAGGCUACAACCAAUCUUUGGCUCUAGCUCUUCACCACCCUCUAUUUCGACCGACACAAAGAGCGGACAAACUACAUUGACAGUCUUUGAGCCGCUGUGGAAGCACUCUGCCGCUAGCAUUGGCGGCCAUUCCGAUCCGCUGGAACCCCCAACCGGCGACGAGGAUGAUGCGAAGAACGACGAGCCUUGGAUCAUCAUUCACCCUGACGAAAGGCUGACCCGGCCACCGUACAUGGAUGUUAAACCGAGCAUGGCUGCUGCUGCUGCCAACGGUGGAGGUGAUGAUGAACCGCACGGACUAACCGACCUCAAGUCUCACCAUGCUUCCGUCAGUGGAAACUUUAGACUCAACUAUCCGGCUUCGUGGGAGGGAAAGUUUUCCAUGACUACUUUCUCGGGUUCGCAGGACAUUCGAGGCAAGGAUAUCAGCUAUAAGCGGGCGGGAGGCAUCAUCAAGCGUAUCGAUGGAACCAAGGGCGAUGGCAGGUCGAGCCUAACUGUCGACUCCAUGUCUGGCAGCGAGGAGUUGGUGUUGGGGAAUGUUUAA